AUCCAUAAAUGAAAAAUGGCGACGUCCAGAAUAAAUGAAGGGUAUCCAUAGUCAUAAAUGCUUUAAUAAAUAAAAAAAAACCUGCUGUUUAAACACAUGUUUUUAGCCCAAUAUUGAUUAUCUUCCAGUUUUAACUGAAGUAUAUCAGGAAACAUUUGAAAGUCCCAUCAAGUGUAAGUUUUUGGCCGAUUAUUUUUAAUUAUAGCAUAGGCUAUUUUAUUUAAAAUUAAUUAAAGUAAGGAAAUCAACUUUAAAUUAAGUGUCAAGUGAAUUCCAGACUAGCUUGCUGGUCACUUUCCACCUCAUCCACUGUGACCGGUGUCUUCUUGCUCUUAAUUAUAAAAUAGUCAUAGGUAGGCCCACUCUAUUUAACCCUCAAAAGACAUCCCUGAGGUAAAAUUUGACACCAGCCUUUAUUUUUGUUUCCUCCCAUAAUUUUAUCUAUUUGGUAAUCUUGAAGUUCAGGUGCCUAUAUUAUUUCUGAUCAAAUUUUCUAUUAUCGCGUGUAAAAUUAUGUGUAUUCUUUAUAAAAUUUAGUCCAGACAGUUUUAUUUAACACUAACAAUAAAUCUGUACAGCACUAACUUUUAUUUUUAUUGAUUUUUAUAGCCCCCAUGAAGGUUGCCAGGUGUCCACUAUUUGAGCGGACGGUCCGCUUUUUUCACAUUAUUUUGACUAUUUUUUUUUCACAAAAUAGUGGACAUUUUUUAAAUUCAAAAGUGACAAAAGCUUUAUGAUGAAAUGGUACGUAAUCUAAAGUUGUACAGUCUAAUCUAAGAGAAUAAGGAUAAUAGGAUUAUCAUGUUGUGUCUUUUUUUUUUUCAUAAGUUAGAAUGAGACAAAGAUCGAAAAGCCAUUGAACUUGAUUCUCUGAAAAAAUAUAUAAUUUAACUUUACCCCCCCCCCCCCCCCCCCCCCUCCCCCCCCUUUUUUUUCUUAUCACCACGCCCCCCCCCCCCCCCCCUAAGCCAUUGAACUUGAUUCUCUGAAAAAAUAUAUAAUUUAACUUUCCCCCCCCCCCCCUCCCCUUUCUAUCCGCUAUAUUUUGGAAGCAGACCUGGCAACCCUAGCCCCACAUUGGUACAUAGCCCAUAGAGUAAACCAUCUCUCCAUUUUCUUGUUGGAUUUUUUUAUCCACCCUACUUGCCUGAUUGCAAUUUUUCAACUGAAAGCUUAUUCACAAAAAAUGAAACAAGAAAUUAGAUUUAUAUUAAAUUAUACCAAAAUUAUUAUUGAUGCUUAACUUUUCAAACUAAAAGCUUGUUCACAAAAUAAAUUUAUAUAAAAUUGGCGGGUAUAUUGGCUAGUUUUAGGAAAAAUUAAAACUAUGAGUUUAAACUUCAGUACCGGAUUUUGAAUACAGAUAAUCAAAUGUACGUGUUUUAAGUUUGAUCUUGUUCCACUCACCCAUGCCCAUGCAGGAGCCUUUGUUUGGAUAAUAUUUAUACACCCCAUAUAAGAAAAAAAAAAGAAUGUAAGAAUUUCGGGCUCCUAUAAAAUAACGGAACAUCUAAUUAAGUUCAAGCAACACCCCCUUUCUCUCCCCCCACAGUAUUUCAUUCUUUUUGUGAACAUGCCUACAAUUGGAAAAUUUUGUUUAGCAUACCAACUAAUAAGUAAUAAAAAAUCUGGCAACAGAGUGAAAAAAUACAAAACAAAUGGAGCUAUGGAAGGUUGGGGAAUGUUCAAAGAUGCUUUAGAAAUAAAAUAAAACGAAAAUAAGCGCUGUAUAAUUCAGUAGUAGUUAACUAUCACUGCCUGGAUUUAAUUUAAUGAAGAAUACACGUAAGUUUACAUGCGAUUAGAAGAAAUUCGAUCAGAAAUAAUAUAUGCACCUGAACUGCAAGAUCACGGUACCAUUUAUUUUUUAUUUACAAAUUCCGUUCAAACAUCCUUCAAUCUUCCUGAAUUUGAUUCAUGAUUUUGUCACAAGAAGUAUCCAUCUGUAAUCUAGUGUACAGAGGAAGAUCAGUUGUAGGCUACAGUUGAGUGUAGGUAGACAUGGUGUUUUUGUGCUGUUGAUUGUUUUUCAAAAUUCAAUUUUUCCUUUCUUGGGGAAAAUUUUAAAAGGAAGUUUAAGUUAUAGCUUAAAGAGCUAGUUGGGUUAUAGCGGUAAAUUUACGCUCUCUGCGCUAUGGUGUUUAUGGUUGUAUUUUAAUUCUAAAGAAAGUUAUGAAUUUUUAGUGAAUUAUUUUGGGAUAACUCUGUUAAUUGAGACAUAUAUAGGAAAAGAUAAAAGUGAUCCAAAUAGAAACUAGGCAGAGAUGUUAAAAAGAGUAGUAAUUUGAAGUCAUUUAAGAAAUUAAUGAAGAUACCAUUGCAAAUCAUUUAUAUCUGAUCAAUAUAUAUUUCCAAAAAAAUUCUUCAUUUAAAAUCAGAAGAUGCAGUAUUGUUUAGCAUCCAAUUUUCUUUAAAAUAAUGUAUCACACAUGUUAAACAAAGAAAUGUCAGUAAAUCAAAUUUUUUCCCAAUAUUUAAAUUUUGAAGUUUACAAAAAAGUUGAACUAGGGGCACGUAAAUCUGCAAUGAUUUGACACUAGCAGAAAACUGAUUUACCCAAGUACCUACCCCAGGUGUGCGUACAUGUUUUUUUUCUUCAAAAUUUAGAUUUCUUUUAUUUAAAAAUUAAAUUUGUGUCUUUUGCAUGCAUGUAGUAAAAAAUAAAAGGCCUCCUGUGCACAACUAGUAGAUAAGAUUGUUCAUCUGCAUUUUGUUAAAAGUGAGGACAAUGCUUUUUGAGAUCAAGAAGAUGCUUUGUAGGAAGAUCAUAAUAUGAUGUUGCCAACACCGCUGAUGAUGUUUUUUGGUAUUGCUGCAGGAAAUGCAUUGGUCGCAUACGCACUCAACAUGCCCGAGGAUCAGAAUGAGAUGAAGAUAAAAAGAAAAAAAAUUAUUCCUUAGCAACGCACAGGAUUUAGUGACACCAUUCUAUUUGUAACACAAUACAAAAUCCCUACAUUACUUAAGAGGAACAUCAAAAUCAAAACCACAAUAGCUAUGCAUGGAUUUAUCUCUACUUCCAAAAAAAAAAAAACACUUCACAGGCUUCAUAUGAAGAGAGGGCCAUUAGUAGUAAAGAUGUGAAGAAAAAAAAUUUCUGCUAAGGAAGUGGGCACCAUAUCUGCAAAGAAUAUAUGUUGUUACUUGAGAGGCUGGCACAAAUAAGAAAGAAACUGAUGAAUCUGAUUAGCCAGUUGCAUUUUAAACUGUAAACUCUAUUUUAUGGCAUGGAAUAUGUUGGUUUAAAAGCAAAUUAACUGAAAAGGGGCCAAGUUAAAAUGAAUCUCAAGUCUAAAUGGAGAUGAGAUUUGAACAUGUAUAUAAUUAACAUAUGCAGUAUUUAUUAAGACAUAAUUAUUUUAAUACAUUCAACUUGUGAAAUAAAUUUGAGCACACUGACACUGGAUAAUAAGUGCUCCUCAUUCAUUAAUAAUGCAAUUACAGCCAGGUAUUUAAAGAAUAAAUGCCCUUUGGUAAGGAGAGCACUGUGCACCUGAGAUUUAUGCUUUCUAACUGGCCUUAGUACAAUUUGGUAUAAACAGGGAUCAAAGUGUGCUAAAUUUUAUAAAUAUAGGAUAAAAAUAGAAUUAGUUUGUAAAUCUUUUUUCCUUCUGAGUUCACUUUCAACACUGUAGACAGAAACUGUAUUAAGUUCAUUAAUAACUUUGUAAUAAGAAGAUGGGAAAUUAUUACCACACUGCCAACAAGACAAUAUCAAAAUACAGUCGAACAUGCUUAUCUCAACCUCGGUUAUCUCUCCAACCCUGUUAUGUCAACGUUUUUGAAGUUGAACCGCAAAAUUAUCUCUUUGUCUUAGCAUUUUCUCCUCGGUUAUGUCAAUUCUCUUAUGUUGCCGAACCUUGAUAUCUUGAGCGCAAAAGGCGGCCAAAUUUGCCACUUAAACUCGGUUAUCUCGAUUCCCACGACCAAUCGCUGGCUUUUGAACUCUGCAAGAAGAAAUAGCAAACAAUAAAUAAACAAGUUUUUCAUAAUUAAAAAUAAUUAUUUAUUUCUCAAAAAACAGGACUUGUGUUUUAGAAUGAACCUAGAAGUAAUUUAAAUAAAUAUGUUUUAAUUCGAGGUUUAAAAACCCGAUAGAGUCCAUAUUAUAAAUUAUCAUAAUUUGCUGUGUGCAAAACAUUGUCAUGGGUAGCCAUUCACGGUCACUUGCAUAAUGGCUAUGCCAUGGUACAACGUCAGAGUUUCAUUCAUAAGAGUUUGCCGUGUGCAAAAGCUAUUAAAUCAUUGGUCAGGGAAAGCUUUAAUUAAAUAGUCAUGUUCCAAAGUUGAAAGCUCAAAAUAAGUAGUCCCUAAAUAGCAUUUUAGUAAUAAGGGGAUGCGUUGCUUUAUAUAAACUAUAUAGUCAUUGCGCAAGAAUUAACGCACAUCAUGUACAUAAAGAAAUUUCAAGCACAUGUUAAUAUAUUGCCGCCAUAUUGGUUUUCAGUUAUCUAAAUGCUUUUUUGCAACCCUGAGGCCGUCGACAUAGCGGGUUCUACCGUAGCAAAUUUAUCCCUCAUAUCUGCUGAAAAAACCAUCAAAUUAUAGCUUCCCCCUGUUUUUAUACCUAGAAUAAUUAAUCCAACAAUUCUUUCUAUUAAACUUGUAUGAUGUCUGCAAUAAAAGAAGCCUGUAUAACAUUCCAUCUAUUUUAGUCUGUUUUUAUUUUUAAUAUUACAGUAUUUAAAAAAAAAUCUAUUGCCUAAUUGGGUUAACCCCUUCAAUCCUGCAGAUGUAAGUUCCAGGUAAUGACGCUUGAUUCUAGCUUUUGCCAGUUCUGGAAAAUGACCCUCUAACUGGGAAUUAAUGUAGGCCUCUAGCUAAAAUGUUUUACUGUGUACUUGUCACAUUUUAACCAACUCCUACAGUCUCAAAUAGCUCCUUUGCUUUGGUAACAGAUUUUUGUUGUCAUUCAUAAGGUUAAACACAAACCUGAAGCAUAUUACCGGUACCUCAUUUUUCUAAUUUAUCAAAUUCAGAACUAAAUUUUUAGUUAAUAAAUCAAACAAUAAGUUUUCUAAGUCAAAUGCAAAGUAUGCAUUCAUUGUAUUUUUUUAUAGAUGAAUACUGGUACAUGUAAUCCAUUUAGAGUCAUUAACAUCAAAUUACAUUUUUUUAUCAUCUUCAGUUUCAUGGCUAUGAACAUUACCAAGCUGGCUCAAAGCCUACGUUGUCUAACAGUUAAUCAGCUGUCCUAUUCUGUUAAUCAAACAUGUAGAAGGUGAGUACUAGUCAUUAUGUUUAAGCGUUUAACUUCUGUGGCCAACAUUAAGCAUUAAUCUGCCCCCUUUUCUUGCCUAGGGUGUCUUUACUGGUGUAUGAAACAGCCACUGCAAUCAAUUUCCCCAAAAUCAGUCUUAAAACAAAAAUAUAUCUGUUAAAAUAUGCAGCCUGGUAGAAAUGAGAAUAGGUUAACAUACAUGGUUUUAUCAGCAAUGUCUCACAAAUUAAGAUGAUUUUCAAAAACUAAACAUCAUAUACAAUAUGUCGGUAUGCACAUGUUAGAUUGACUCAUAUUAUUUUAAACUGCAAUCAUUGAGCAUGACCUAAAAUGACUUUUCAAUAAUGUUACAUAAAAUUUUUCAUGUUUUUAAAAAAAAAAAUUAUGUGAUUUAUUUGUGAAUUCAUCAGGGAAAUUCAUGAGACUGCCAACUGCUUGAAAAACUUUAAUACUCGAGUACCAAAAAAUAUAAAGAUUGGUCGGUUUAGAUUUGAGAAAAGUGUAGAUUUUAACAAAUAUACAUUAACACCCCUGAAAACAGCUAAGACAGGUGGAAGAGGGCCUGAUGGUACGUUAUAUAUUAUACUUUUUAAACCUUUUCUAAUUAUUGUAAUAAAAUGUGGAUGUGGAUGAAUGGAUAUUUUGUGAGUAAGUAAAUAUAAUUUUGACCAUGUUUUACCGAAUGAUUUUUUUUACUGCUAACAUUUUUAAAAAAUUAUAGGACUUCAGAAAUGCUUUGUAUAAACGAGGUUCAACACCUUUUAUUAAAAUAUUAAAACGUGUGCAUAAUAUAUUGACAGCAAAAUGUGUUGACUAUUGUGUUUUAAAUUGUAUUUUAGGUAAAAUUUGGGUUCAUAGGAUUGGUGGGGGAGACAAGCUGUUGUACAGAAUGAUCGACUCCAAGAGAGUAGGUCCAAAAGAUGGUGAACCACUGAUAGAACGUGUCAAUACAGUGAUGAAAGACCCUUGUCGUUCUGCUUUUAUUGCGGUGGUUGCUGGAGGUAACAAAAAAAGGUACAUCAUAGCCUCUGAAAACAUGAAAGAAGGAGACUUAAUAAAAACAUCUGGAGUGGUCUCUUCUAUGCCAGGUACAUAUACAUUUUUAUCAUAAGAUAUAUUAUAAAUAAAAAAGAUGCAGUGAAAUUAAAGCUUAUACUUAUAAAAUGUAUUUGUUGAUUUCUAAAUUAUUUGUUUAUUUAUUUAACAUUGGGUACUGGUUAACUCUAAAUUAAAUUUCUUUCUUAUGUAACUCAGGAUUUAUAUUUUUUUUAAAUGUAAUUAUUCUCAUUCAAUUCUUUUGGGUUCCAUUAGUUCGAGCUUCAGAAGGCGACGCCCAUCCAGUCGGUUCAUUACCACUUGGAACCAUUGUACAUAAUAUUGAAAGACUUCCUGGAGAAGGAGGGAAAGUAGCACUGGCAGCGGGGACGUCAGGCGUUUACCUGCGUAGGCUGGGAGAUAAAUGUGUCAUACGCAUGCCCUCUAAGCGAGAGAUCAUUGUAUCUCAGGAGUGCAUGGUGACCAUUGGACGUGUCUCCAACCCUGAGCACCAUAAAACAAAAAAAAUGAAGACAGCAGGUGAGAACCGACGGCGGGGUAAGCGACCACACAGUGGCUGGUGGCAGAGAAAGACUGGAUACCAUGGCAGGAAAAUACGACCCAUGAAACCCCCUGUUGUAUUUGACAAACCAUAUGUUGAAAAACCUGAGGUGUUUAGAUUAACAGUUUGAUCUUUAUUUUUUCAAUUCGAUGUAAUAAAGUCAUAUUAAUUAUAA